UUCUAAAGGACAGUUCUGGCGUUCUGAUACCUUUAGUUAUGGAAAGAUGCAUCUUUGCUGAGAGAACUAUUAUUUUAUUUGAAACACAUAUAUUUAAGCCCGAGUAUCAAGCAACAAUCCAUUUGCAUUUAAGCUCCGAUGUCCGAAGUACGAAAACCGCUUUCCUUUUCUCUUGAGUUCUGAACACACCAAAUCUUCAUCAUGGCCGGUGACAUUACCAAGGAGGUGGUGUCCUCUUCCCUUCCUCUUGAUGGCCUGGUUGCAAUAGUAACUGGUGCUUCAGGUGGCAUUGGCCGAGCCAUUUCUAUCCACCUUCACUCCCUCGGUGCAAGAGUUGUCAUCAACUAUGCUUCGAACUCCAAUCAAGCUGAUCUCCUAGCUUCUGAGCUCAACGCCUCAGCACCGUCUUCACAUCCUCAAGCAAUCGCCAUCAAAGCUGACGUUUCAGACCCAGAUCAAGUCAAGCAACUAUUCAGCAGAACUGAAGAAGAAUUUGGCUCAAAGCUUCAUAUACUUGCACAUUGUGCUGGGGUGCUCGAUCCAAAGUUUCCCAUCUUGGCUAACACAACAGUGGAGGAUUGGGAUAAGACCUUUAAUGUCAAUACUAAAGGGGCAUUCCUGUGUUGUCGAGAGGCAACUAAUCGGUUGGCCCAUGGGGGUGGUGGAAGAAUCAUCAUGAUAUCAACAUCUCUUGUUGGAGCACCCACACCAGGUUAUGCGGCCUAUACUGCUUCCAAGGCAGCCGUGGAGACAAUGACAAGGAUAGUGGCCAAGGAGCUGAAGGGUACAGGAAUAACUGCUAAUUGUGUUGCUCCAGGUCCUGUGGCGACAGAAUUGUUUUUUGCAGGUAAAACUGAGGAAACAUUAAAGAGAAUUGCGGAUGCUUGCCCUUUGAACCGACUUGGAGAGCCCGAGGAUAUAAGUAAGGUUGUAGGAUUCAUAGCUAGUGAUGCUGGGGAGUGGAUCAAUGGCCAGGUUAUUAGAGUUAACGGUGGAUUUGUUGUUUAAUUGAGCAUGUGUGUUAAUUUUAUUUUCCUUUCCCCUCUUUUUUUUUUUUUUUUUAACCUUUUCUACCAUUUGCAAGUUUUUCUUCAUUUUAUUAAUAGACGUACACUAAUAAUAUUAGAAGCUUAAAGGUUC